CUGUGCUUGGACAGCGGGGGCGGUGGGCGGACGGCAGGGAGCGGAGCGGUGCGGUGCGGUGCGGGCAUGGCCGGGCUGCCCAUCCCGGGGCUGUUGGUGCCGUGGUUUUGCCUUCAGUUGAUGGGCACGUCGGCUUUUAACCUGGACGCUGCCAACACUCUGCUCAAGGACGGAACACGGGGCAGCCUCUUCGGUUUCUCGGUGGCUUUACACCGGCAGCUCAGCCCCGAGCCGGCCAGCUGGCUGCUGGUGGGAGCCCCCCAGGCUCCAGCGCUGCCCAGCCAAGCAGCCAACAGGACGGGGGGGCUCUUUGCCUGCCCGCUGACCCCCGAGCCCUCCGACUGCUGGCGGGUGCCCAUUGAUGAGGGAGUGGAUCUGCAAAGAGAGAGCAAAGAGAACCAGUGGCUGGGGGUGAGCGUGAAGAGCCAGGGCGCUGGUGGCAAGAUAGUGACCUGUGCCCAUCGAUACGAAGCACGGAACCGCGUGCGGCAGCCGCUGGAGACGCGGGAUGUGAUCGGACGCUGCUUCGUGCUGAGCCAGGACCUGCAGGUUCAUGACGAGCUGGAUGGAGGAGAGUGGAAGUUCUGCGAGGGGAGACCGCAGGGCCACGACCGCUUCGGGUUCUGCCAGCAGGGCCUGGCUGCAGCCUUCAGCCCCGACCAGCACUACGUCCUCUUUGGGGCACCCGGCACCUAUAACUGGAAGGGGAACAUGCGUGUGGAGCUGCUAAACCAGAGCUCCCUCGAUCUCCUGCGCUACGACGACGGCCCCUAUGAAGCCGGGGGCGAGAAGGACCAGGACCCCUCACUCAUCCCCGUACCCGCCAACAGCUACUUCGGUUUGUUGUUUGUGACAAACAUUGAUAGCUCAGACCCCGACCAGCUGGUGUACAAAAGCCCAGACCCCAACGAGAAGGUGCCCGGAGCAGCGGGCGAUGUGCCCCAGAAUAGCUACCUGGGAUUCUCAGUGGAUUCGGGCGCGGGGCUGACGCGGCGCCGGGAGCUGAGCUUUGUGAGUGGGGCACCUCGUGCCAACCAUACGGGGGCUGUGGUCAUCCUGCGCCGUGAUAGUGCCCAGCGCCUGGUGCCCGAGGCUGUGCUGCCUGGGGAGCAGCUCACAUCGGCCUUUGGAUACGCAUUGGCGGUGCUGGACCUCAACAGUGAUGGCUGGAUGGAUUUGGUGGUGGGGGCUCCCCACUUCUUCGAGCGCCAGGCUGAGAUCGGGGGGGCUGCCUAUGUCUACAUCAACCCCGCAGGGCACUGGGAUGCUGCCACCCCCCUGCGCCUCACCGGCACCCACGGCUCCAUGUUUGGCAUCGCCCUGGGCUCUGCUGGUGACCUCAACCUGGAUGGCUUUGAGGACCUGGCUGUGGGAGCCCCGUUUGAUGGUGCUGGUAAGGUGUACAUCUACCAUGGCAGCAAGUUGGGCAUCGUGGUGAAACCGGCUCAGGUGCUGGAUGGGGAAGGUGUGGGGGUGACGACGUUUGGCUACGCUCUCUCUGGGGGGGUGGAUGUGGAUGGGAACCUCUACCCCGACCUGCUGGUCGGCUCCUUGUCUGACGCCGUGGUGCUGUACAGAGCUUGCCCCGUUGUCUACAUCUCCCGGAACGUCUCCCUGAUCCCUGCAAACAUCGACCUGGAGCAGAACAACUGCCAGCACCACGAGGGCAUCUGCGUGGACGUCCAAGCGUGUUUCAGCUACACGGCCACCCCUGCCAGCUACAGCCCACCCCUGGUGCUGGAAUACGUGUUUGAUGCUGACACGGAGCGGAGACGUUUGGGUCACCCCCCCCGGGUCACCUUCCUGGGCCGUCGGCCGUCGGAUCCCGAGCAUCAGUUCUCCAACACGGUGGAGCUGCCCCGGCAGCACACACGGACCUGCACCGCUGCCACCUUCCAGCUCCAGGACAGCAUCCGUGACAAACUGCGCCCCAUCGCCGUCACUCUGGCCUAUGGCAUCCAGGGGGCUGGGACGCCUCGGCACAGCCGUAGUGCCACCCUGCCCCCCCUGCCCCCUGUGCUCAGCCCACAGCAACCCAGCAGCCACCGUGCUGAGGUGCAUUUCCUAAAGCAGGGCUGCGGGGAUGAUAAGAUCUGCCAAAGCAACCUGCAGCUUCGCUUCCAGUUCUGCACCCGCCUGGGGGACUCUGAUUUCCUGCCCCUACCCAAGGGGGCAGAUGGCACCGCUAUCUUCGCCAUGAGCGACCAGAAGGACGUGGCCCUGGAGAUCCAUGUCACCAACGAGCCCUCGGACCCCACGGAGCCGCAGCGGGAUGGGGAUGAUGCCCACGAGGCUGCGCUCACUGCUCGCUUCCCCCAGGAGCUGCCCUACUCCGCAGUGAGACCCUACGAUGGACGCACAGCAACGGACAAGCCAGUGGUGUGCCUGGCCAACCAGAACGGCUCCCAGGUGGAGUGUGAGCUGGGGAACCCCAUGAAAAGGGGAGCCCAGGUACGUUUCUACCUCAUCCUCAGCACUCUGGGCAUCACCCUGCAGACCACAGACCUGGCGGUGGAGCUGGCCUUGUCCACGAUCAGUGAGCAGCCAGACCUGGAGCCAGUGGUGGCUCGGGCGCGUGUGGUCAUUGAGCUGCCCCUCUCAGUGACAGGUGUGGCUGUGCCUCCCCGGCUCUUCUUUGGGGGGACAGUGAGGGGUGAGAGCGCGGUGCGACGUGAGAGCCAGGUGGGCAGCGCUGUGAUCUUCGAGGUGACGGUGUCCAACAGGGGCCCGUCGUUGAAGACAUUGGGUUCAGCCUUCCUCACCCUGCUGUGGCCCCAUGAGCUCAGCAAUGGGAAGUGGCUGCUGUACCCACUGCAGCUGGAGCUGGUGGCUGCACCGGGACUGAGGACAAUGUGCAGCCCUGCUGCCAAUCCACUGCGCCUGGCCUUGGAGCCACCAGGAGAGGCUGAGGUCAGCGAGGAGCCCCCUAUGGCGUCCUGGUGGGUGCCAGCACCCGCAGAGAGGAGGAAGAAUGUCACAUUGGACUGUGCCCAGGGCACCGCUCGCUGCGUGGCAUUUCGCUGCCCACUCUACAGCUUCGAGCGCUCUGCUGUGCUGACGGCACGUGGACGGCUGUGGAACAGCACCUUCCUGGAGGAAUACCUGGAUGUCACCUCGGUGGAGCUGAUUGUGCGCGCCAGCGUCUCGGUGACCUCCUCCAUCAAGAACCUGGUGCUGAAAGAUGCUUCCACUCAGAUCCCUGUUACCAUCUACCUGGACCCCGGUGUGGCGGUGGCUGGUGGUGUGCCAUGGUGGGUCAUCCUGCUGGCUGUGCUGGCUGGAAUCCUGGUCCUGGCAUUGCUGAUCUUCAUCCUUUGGAAGUUGGGUUUCUUCCGCCGGGCUCGUUACGUGCCCCCAGCCGUCCCUCAAUACCACGCAGUGAAGAUCCCAAGGGAGGAACGGCAGCAAUACCGCGAGGAGAAGAUGGGAACCAUCCAGAGGAAGGAGUGGGCUGUCAACUGGAGCGAGCCCAGCGACGGGCACGUCACCCCCAGCUCAGCAUAACCCCAUGGACACUUAUUGUGCUGCUGGACUGAAGGGGGAUGAUGUAUGUGGGACCCCCCCUGCUUCUGGCUGUGCCCUAUAAGGACCCUCUGGUGACACAUAGGGAUGGCUCUGCCCCAAAGUGGUGCCUUGUCCCGGAGGAUCGGCUCAGCUCCAUUGAACAGGGCAUGGCCACAAGGGGAUGGUGUUUCUCCAAAGUGAUGGCUUGUCCUCAAUGGGUACAGAGACAGCUCAGCCCUAUAGGGACGGCCCCAUCCUACGAGCAUGGCUUGAACCCAAAGUGAUGGCUCCUAAAGGCUCAGCUCAGCCCCAUGGCACAGGGCUUGUCUCCAAGGCACAGCCACAGAGAGAUGGCUUGUCCUAUAGGGACAGACUGUCCACCAAAGGACAGCUGAGCCCUACAGGGACAGCUCAACCCCAUAGGGCCCUAUGGGCACGGCUCUGCCUAUAGGCUGCCAUGUCCCUACAGUGCUGCCAUAUCCCACAGGGGUUCCUCGUCCCUAAAGUGCUGCAAUGGCUCAGCCCUAUAGGGACAGCUCAACCCCAUAGGGACAGCUCAGCCCUAUAGGAACAGCUCAGCCCUAAAGGGACAGCUCAGCCCUAUAGGAACAGCUCAGCCCUAAAGGGACAGCUCAGCCCUAUACGAACAGCUCAGCCCUAUAGGAACAGCUCAGACCUAUAGGGACAGCUCAUCCCCAUAGGGACAGCUCAACCCUAUAGGGACAGCUCAGACCUAUAGGGACAGCUCAUCCCCAUAGGGACAGCUCAGCCCUAUAGGGACAGCUCAUCCCCAUAGGGACAGCUCAGCCCUAUAGGGACACCUCACCCCCCCACGCAAGUGCCGCUCUUCCCAAUAAAAGGAGAAUCCCUCCA